AGCAUAGAAAGCGAAAUUGCUUUUAUUAAGACUCUGAAGUUUGUUAGUGAUAGUGAUUGUUGGUUAAGUUUGUUGCCAUGACUUUGACAAUAACACUGGUGGCUGUAGUCGCUUUUGCAUCUUUAGCUUCAAUAGCGGCGAUACCAACAACAGAAUCAGUUGAUGGAAGUGCAGCAGAGGAAUACACACCCCAAGAAACAGCCGCUGAACCCACAGACUCAUAUCAAGUAUAUCCACAAGUACCCAUAAACAUAGAAUUACCCAAAAUAGAAAUAAACCCAGUCCCAUUCUACGCUCCAGAACCCAUAACGUACCUCAAACCCCCGUCCGAGAACCAAGAACCCAAUUUCUACCAAGUUCCAAUACCAGCACAAGAUUUAGUAGCUCCAGUAGAAACAGAAUGGAAUCCGAGCAACGAUCCAAGCUUAUACUACGAAGUACCUGCGGCGAUAACCAAUCAAGAAUUGCCCACCAACUCCUAUCCUAAGAAGUACAACCAAGAGAUUCACUCCAAGACCAAACCAUAUUCAUCCAAACCUAAGCAAGAAAUCGUUUUGGAACCAAUAGAUGAGAAGGAAUACGAAGCGAAACAGAAGGAACUACAAAAGUCUUUCCAGCAACUAGCCAAAAAGGAAAACCAAAAACAAAUUGAAAUUGAAGUGGAAAAGGAGCAACAGGCAAUUUAGAUACGAAGAAAAGGACAGAACGGGGUUAGUUAAGGGUCACUAUGGUUUCUAUGAUAGAGACGGAAAACUUCAAAUAGUACAUUAUGAUUCUCAU